CCGGACGCCUGGCUGUAUACGACUGCGCAUUUAAUCGACGCUUUACGGUUUUGUGCGUGUUCGCUCAUCGUAUUGUGGUAUGGUUUAAAUAAACCGUCGUCGUAUCCCUGUUUGUGGGAAGGGAAGGCUACACACUCUCUCACUUAAGUUUGUCUUUCAGCUAGCGGGAAACAGCGACAGGAGUCGUCAUAAAAAUGGAAGAAGUCUUUGGAGAGGGUGACACGGAGAACCCAGAAGCCAUGUCUGCAGAUGCCCUAGCAGCAGAAUCCAUGGCGGCUGACAUGGACCCCUGGAUAGUGUUCGAUGCUCGCAAGACUCCUCGGGCUGAGUUUGAGCAGUGGCUUGAAUCGAACCAGCCCUCACAAGUCAGCCGCUUUGGAGAAGACAGGGAAAACCCUUCCCCAGUAGGAUGGAUCGCAGUGUACAGCCCAAACCACAGUCCCAGCACUGGUGAUGUUACCGGGCUCCAGGAGUCCUGGGAGAAGUUGCUGGCCAGCGGGCGGCCUGUCGGCUUCCAGUCGGUAAAGGAGCUGGCACUAAAUCACGGUGUGCUUUCUGGAAAAUGGCUUAUGCACCUGGACACGGGCUUCAAGGUGGAUCAUGCUUGGGAAGGGAUAGCCAGGGCUACUGUGGAAGGCAAGAUCUCGGCAGCUAAGGUGAGCCCACGCACGCCAAAAUCUGACAGCAAGCACGUCAUCUGCGUCUACAAUCAGACCUUCACAGAUGAGGACCAGGUCAUGAGACUAGAUGCGGAAAUACGGGCCACAGGUGUGAAAUGCCCGCUGUCCUACAAGCCUGAUGUUUACACCUACCUGGGCAUCUACCGCAAUAACUGCUGGAACAUGUGUCCCACCAUUUAUGAGAGCAAGUUUGACCUGGAGUGUGUUCCACGUCGUUCCCAUAUUGUGAACAAAGUCACGGGUUUGGUGGUCUCAUGAUGGCAGCCACAGACAUUGGAUGCUAUGGCCUAUGAAAAUAUAAAAGUUCUGUUAUAUUUUAUGUUGAUAGUAAACUAGGGCUCCAGUAUCUCAGUAUGUAGAUUUACUGAUUUGGGGGGGGGUUGCAGCUGCUUCCAUCAUUUUGUGAAGGAGGGUAGGGAUGCAUCAUUGUGAAUGGCAGCAGCUUGACAAGCGAAUCAAAAAUUGUUUUCUCUUAUAAAGACGUUCAAAAUUUUCAGAUGGUGAAUUCUUUCUUUCACUCAUUUUCAGUUCCUUUGUGGAAAAUACUUAACAGGAAAACAUUAACUAUGUUUUAUAAGUUAGUAGUGCGGGUAGGUGAAGACUUUUUAUUUGGAUUUUUAAUACGAUAACAUUUGUGUUUAAAUUGCUUUCUCUGUGAUUUUACACCUUUGUACAUGGAGUUUUAAUGCUAGCUUUUAUAAGGGUAGGGUGCCUUGCUGUGAUUUGGGUAUGAUCCUUAAAUCUAAUUUUUACUGUUAUCUGCCAUUUACGUCAUAUGACUAAAACUGAGCUGCUGAUCUUAAGGAAAGGCUCACAUUAAUUUGCUGUAAGGCAGAGGUAUUCAAACAGUGUGACGUGCCCUCCAUGUGGAAUGCAAAGGAAUUGCAGGGGGAAAAACUGGGGGAGUUGAGCCAUGAAAUAUUAACAAUGCGAAUGUAUGCCUGUACAUAUUAUAUGAUGCUAACAAAUUAAAAUUAUUAAAAUGUAUAAAACACACGUACCACAGAGAAUAUUUCAAACUGUUAUGGCAAGUAAUGUAAUGAAAGUUUAUGGUAGGGAAAGUAGUUCAGUUAAUGCUGACAUACUGGUAGAAAUCAUGGAGAUAUUUCUAGCUGCUAGUAGUGUUAGAGAAAAUGUGAUUGAAAAUGAAUCUAAAACAAGCAGAAACAGAAAAUAUGAUGAUGCGUAUUUGGAGUACGUUUUGUGUGUGGGCACUGAUAUCAAUCGGCACUAAUAUCAAUCCUAGAGGGGGCUUUGUCAAAAAAGUUUGAAUACCACUGUCAUAAGGGCAUGUUACUGAGCUGAAGGAGACUCUCUACAAAGAAUUCUCUUUUCUUGGUUUGCAUGAGAGCAGAUCAGACCUACUUAUAAAAUGAAUCUAUGAUACAGGUGCAAAGCUUUGGACCUCAUACAAACAAUACCAGUGUCUCUUUUGGUCAUUUCUAUAUGCCAAGCGUGCGCGAUGGUUUUCACGACACACUACACCUAACUGUAUGUUUAGAAUAAAUAUUGCUCAGUGUAGCAUUUCCCUUUCUACAUACAUAUUUUAAUAUAGAUUUGUAAAAAAAAAAAAAAAUUACAGUUUACCGAGUGUUGUUGAGAAAAAUUACUAAAAAUCUUGAGGUAACAGCCUUUGAGUUUGCUUAUAUUUUUCCAAGAUUAUAACCUACGGUCUUAAAAAAUGUGGAGUGAUUAACAAAAGCAAUCAGAAUGAAAUGCUUGUUUUUGUAAACUGAUCCACAUCUAGAAAAACUGCAUAAUUAUAAAACUAUUAAAGAAGUCAGUGUAUCUACUUCCUUUA